AUGGCUCCUAGUAAAGGAUGGAUGGAUCUUGUUGGUGAUCGUCUUAAUGAUGUAUAUUUACGUGGGGUUGAGGAAUUUUUGGACUAUGCUUUUAAGAAGACUGGGAGGCGUGGGGAAGUACGUUGUCCACGUGUCAAGUGUAGUAACACGUAUUCCGCCACACGAGAAGUGGUAGGGACACACCUCAAGGUGUAUGGAAUAAUACAGUUUUGUGGUCAAGAUACAAAUGAUAUGGAUACAGAUAUCUUCGCUAGUGAUAUUCAUAAAGAGGAACCGAAUGAGGAAGCGAAUAAAUUCUAUAGGUUACUAAGAGAUUUUGAGCAACCAUUAUACCAAGGUUCUAAGAGCUCAAAGUUAUCUUGCUUAGUCAAAUUGCUCCAUAUCAAGAGCCUUGGUCGAUGGAGUAAUGAGUCAUUUACUAUGUUGUUGCAAUUAUUGAAAGAUGAAUUAUUACCUCAAGGAUCUAAUUUGCCACAAUCAUAUUAUGAUGCAAAGAAAGUAAUUCAAGAUCUUGGUCUCUCAUACAAAAAAAUUGAUGCAUGUGUAAAUAAUUGCAUGUUAUAUUGGAAAGAGGAUGAGAGGCUAGAUUUUUGUAAGAUUUGUGGCUAUUCUAGAUGGAAGACUGAUAAAUAUAAUGGGGAAGACAAGGUUAAAACCAAUGGGAAGAGAAUACCAAAAAAAAUUCUGCGUUACUUUCCACUAAAGCCAAGACUUCAAAGAUUGUUUAUGUCCACAAAGACAGCGUCUUUGAUGAGAUGGCAUAAAGAUAAGAGGGUAGAUGAUGGAGUGAUGAGACACCCUGCUGAUUCAAUGGCAUGGAUUUCCUUUGACAAACUACAUCCAAAUUUUGCCUCAGACUCUCGCAAUGUGAGACUAGGCCUUGCUAGUGAUGGAUUUCAACCUUUUGCCAAUUCAAAAAUGCCAUAUAGUGUUUGGCCAGUUCUACUCAUUCCAUACAAUUUGCCACCUUGGAUGUGCAUGAAACAAUCAAAUUUUAUUUUAUCAAUGCUUAUUCCAGGUCCUGAGGGUCCUGGAGAUGCAAUUGAUAUCUAUCUUCAACCUUUAGUAGAAGAACUAAAAGAGUUAUGGGAAACUGGCAUUGAUACAUUUGAUGCAUAUGCACUGUACUUUCAAGUUACAUGCGGUUUACUAUGGACUAUCAAUGAUUUCCUGCAUAUGGGAACUUAUCGAGUUGGAGUACUAAGGGAAAGUUGGCUUGUCCUUGUUGUAAUAAGGACACCUGUUGGAUGA